CGCAGGAUUAUUGCUUGACACUCUAUCGUAUGCGUCGAAGCAAUCCAACUAGUACUUGACUUUCCUCUGUUUUCUUCACAGGUAGAGAAGUCUUCGCUCAACGUCGCUCGACAACGCCCUCUGAACCGCCACGAGUCGCUUCAAUUCGAUCAAGUUCGAGGUUGACAAGCCUCCAUUGCGUGAAAACGAUGGCAAUUUAUGAGAAAGAACUGAACACAGCCAGCAACACGGUGUACGAAAUGAAGACGGCUGACUAUGCCGAGCUGCUCAGCAUGCCCGGAAAUAGUGUGUGUGCUGACUGUGGGGCGGUCAACCCGAACUGGGGAUCACCGAAGCUCGGAAUCUUGUUUUGCACCGAUUGUAGUGGUAAACAUAGGGGCCUAGGUACGCACAUUUCCUUUGUGCGAUCAGUCCAUAUGGAUGCUUGGACCGACCAGCAACUACAGUAUAUGAGAUUGGGAGGAAACGAUCGCUGUCGAACGUAUUUGCAAGAGCACGGCGUACCGGUGGACGCGGAUACCAGUGUCCGCGACAAGUAUGACAACGAUGUGGCCGAGCUAUAUCGUUGUCGGUUGCAAGCCCGUGUCGAAGGAAUAACGGAGCCGACGCUAUUGCCACCUCGGAAACCGAAACCAACAGUUACUGGCAAGCAACGCAUGCAAGGAUUCGGAAGCAGUGCUGCCCCGACGCCUUCGAAGAAUGCUUCGAAAGCAAUUUUGCUGGGAGUUCCAAUCGUUGUGGCGGCGGCAAUUGGGGGUUUGCUGUAUUUGCGACAGUAGGACAACAAGGGUGACUUGUAAUGUAAAACUAGAAAAUAUUUGUAC